AUGUAUCAAUAAAGUCCGACUAGACGAUUCGCCCUGUUUCGUUGUUGGCUAACUGUUCGCGAGGCGAGUGCGUGCUUGUGUGUGGGUAUCUCCAUGAUUACGCGAACACUGCAUUGUGGAUGGGCCGUUCACAUGCCGGGGCUGUUAGCAUAUAGUUGUUCAUAAGUGUUGAAGCUUUUGUGGGCCAAUUUGUUUUGCUUGAUUCCCUACACCUUCGGUUCAUAGUAAAAAUAAUAGACACUGCCAGUUUUAAGUAUCAACGAACCACGCGACGUAUUUUUGUUUCGGUUAAGUUGUUAGCUUGUUGCUAACGUUAGCUUUUCUUCCGAGCUACACAAAGAGGAGUAUGAUCGCACUUUAGAGACGUUUGGUUGUUUCCUGGUUUUCUCUGUCCAUCUUGAUUUUUUUCUAUUUUGUACAUACUUGUUUUGUAUAUACUGUAUAUGAUGACUUCAGUGGUCAGCAAUCAGACCCGGGGGACUCGGGAUAAGACGCUGCCCACUACCACCACACAAACAACACAGAAACAGAUACAGGCCACAGCAGAACAGAUUCGUUUAGCUCAAGUGAUCUAUGACAACAAUGAUGCAGACUUUGAAGACAAGGUCAAACAGUUGAUUGAGGUAACUGGGAAGACUCAAGAUGAGUGCAUGGUUGCCCUUCAUGACUGCAAUGAAGAUGUAAACAGAGCCAUCAAUUUUCUGCUGGAGAGCCCAUCUGACACAAACUCCUGGGAGACUGUGGGGAAGAAGCGUAGCCUUGGUAAAGAAGGAGGACCAUCAGAUAUAAAAGAGAACAGAGAGAAAAGAGGGGAGAGAGAGGCUAGUCGUGGACGCGGGGCAUCCAACAGAAGGGGCAGAGGAAUCAGCCGAGGUCGUGAAGGCCGGUCAGAGGAGAAUGGGUUUGAUGUGGUUCCUGGAGAAAGGGGGACAGAUCGUGGACGCAGAGGGAGAGGCAGAGGAGUGGGGACGCGUGGCCGAGGAAGAGCAGCUGUUGGUAACAGGUUUUCUUCACAGGGAAUGGGCACGUUUAAUCCUGCUGACUACACUGCAAACUCUGGAGCUCAGCAGGAGAACUGGGAUGGCGAUGGCAAUGAAACUGCUGAGGGGACUGGAAUGUGGGGAGGUAAUCUGGAAGAGUGGACUUCAGAAGACUGGAAUGAGGAUCUGUCUGAGACCAAAGUGUUCACUGCCUCUUCUGCUCCAAUAAACCACAUCGCACCAGGACACAAUGUGGAUCUGGCCAGCAUACUGCCUAAGACUGUAGGAGGUGCUAUGGAUUCUGACUUGGGAGCGAUAGUCGAUGGUCCCUCAGCAGAGGAUUUGGGCCAAAGCCUGGUUUUCACUAAUUCCCAUCACAACGGACGUGCUGCAGCACACAGCUACGCACAUGCAACAGCCAACAGCUACGCCCAUGCUGCCUCAGCUAACACCACCUAUGCACAUGCUGCGCUGUCAUCAGUCAUAGGUUCUGGUUUUGGGUCCCUGAAUGCAUCUAAGCAGGCACCAACUCCUGACAUUCGGACAUCAGAGCAGCUCAAUGGGCCUCGGCUUGGUCAGAGGACAGGUCAAAUGAUGGCAACCACCAGCAACAGUAGUGUUUCCAAAGAUGCCGGUCCACCUUCACUCCAAAUUCCAGCUCCUGCUCACUCGUCUUCUGCAGAUGUUAAAGCUCAGAGGGUGGAAAACGGCCCUGUUAUGUCCCAAACCUUGGAAAGUAAGUUUCAACCAGAGCCAUCAGCGGUGCUCAGCCAGCUUGCUCAAAGGCAGCAACAGUCCUCCAUCCUUACCACCACCACGGAUACUCUGGGUCUGUCUCAGACACACGCACCACAGGUCCCUACACCACCAGGCCAUGAGUCCUCCAUUCCAUCUGUAAGAGAUGGAUCUUCUCCUGGAGGCAAACUUUCAGGUCUGGAGCUUCCUGUGGCUGAAGUCCCACAACGACAAUUAAAGACACAGAAACGUAGAGCACCUCCUCCAUCAAAGAUUCCAUCCUCAGCUGUGGAGAUGCCAGGCUCUGCAGAUAUUCCUGGUCUGAAUGUUCAGUUUGGAGCUCUUGACUUUGGAUCUGAAGCUGGUGCAGGGGACAUGUCCCAGACUGAGCCGUCCAGAGAACACCCUCCCGCUCUGGUCCAGACAAAUAUACCAACUCCUGCAGCUGUUCCCUCGCAGCAGCCUCAGAGCAGCAUAUUCCCCAAACCUGGAGCUGUGAGUGAACACAUGAGCAGCGUACCCUCAGCUGUAUCGGAUGGCAACUUCCCAUCACCAUCUUUGGGCUUACCCAGUGCUACACCUUCCCCCUCUCUUGGUCUCCCCAGCGCAGCAGCAACUCCCUCAUCCUCCUCUGUCCCUGCUACAACCAGUCGCAUGGAGAACAGUGGCCCGAGGUCCCUGCCAUCCCAUCUUGGUUUCUCACAGAGCAAAGAUGUUCCAUCAACUGCUAAUGCCCCUCUGACGAAUGGCUACAGUGGCAUGAAGACGCAGGGCACACAGGAAACGUCCUCCCGAACGAUAAAAACAGAGUCUGUUAUGACAAAUGACAGUGGCUCAGGCCAUCAUAUCCCCUCUCCUGCAGCCACACCCUCCCACUCAACACCUGUUCCUUCAAUGAACAGUCAUGUGAGCAGUACUCACUCAUCUGGAUCGACCCUCUCCCCCAGUUCCUCUCAUUCUAUGGCUGAGGAGAGCAACAACAACCUCUAUGCCAUUUCAACAUCAUCCAGCCAAGUUGUGAAUCCUGGUGCUCCUCCAAGUGUCAGUAACUCGUCCACCAAUGGUGUGCACCAAUCUGGAGGACCAGGGCUAACUUCAAAUGGCACAAACACAACAGUCUCAGCUGCAGGCAGCCGCACAGCGCCCCAACUCACCGCAACAUCAGGUAAAGCUCCUCCCAACUUGGCCCAAGGUGUGCCACCUCUCCUAGCCAGCCAGUACAUUAUGGGCCCUGGUGGCUUGCUUCCUGCAUAUCCGCAGAUCUACGGAUAUGAAGACUUGCAAAUGCUGCAGUCUCGCCUCCCCUUGCAUGACUACUAUGGUGUUACAUUCCCUGGUGCUACUAUGCCUGGAAGAGAAGGCCUGGCCAAUAAUCCAUAUUCUGGCGAGGCAACUAAGUUUGGCAGGAACGACUCUUCAUCCCCAGCACCGCCAACAAGCCUGUCCACUGCGGGGGUGCAGUCCCAGCCCCAACAGACACAGCAGACAGGGACUCCAGGCCAAGGGCUGAGUCAGAAUCAGGGUCAGCAAACACAAAAUCAGGCCUUCCUCAAUCCUCCAAUACCACCUGGUUAUGGAUACACUGGUCUGCCAUACUACACUGGCAUGCCUGGAGUCCCCUCAGCCUUCCAGUAUGGUCCUACGGUUUUUGUGCCUCCAGCUUCAGCCAAACAGCCUGCAAUGGGACUGGCCAACCCCUCCAGUCAGUACCACCAACAUCAACCCAGCUAUGGACAGCACGCUUAUGGUGCCGCCUUUGAUGACCUGUCUCAAGCCCAUGGUGGGGAAUACAGUAAGGCAGGGUACGGAGGCUCUGCCCAGUCACAGGCCAAGUCUGCAGGCAGCGGCCCAGGGAAAGCAGCAGGAUUGUCGGGAUCGGGCACUGGUGGUGGAGUUCCUGACAUGGGAGGUUCAAUUUACAGUAAAACACAGUCAUUUGAGAAGCAGGGCUUCCACACAGGGACACCACCUCCCUUCAGCCUGCCUUCAGCUCUGGGGGGAACCGGGCCCAUGAACCCUGCAGGUGCACCUGGCUAUGCCCCUGCUCCCUUCCUCCACAUCCUCCCUCCUCACCAACAACCCCACUCCCAACUGUUGCACCACCACCUCACACAGGAUGGACAGGGCGGUCCUGGUCAGCGCAGUCAGUCCAACAGUUUGCAGCAGAAAACCCAGGGCAGCAAGUCCAGCUACGGCAGCUCCCCAUACUGGGCAAACUGAGGAAUGCUUCCCAUUUCCCUCCCCCAAAAGGCUGUGUGUGUGUGUGUGUGUGCAUGAGCGCGAGUGUGUAAAGCUAAAACAUGAAAACAAAAAGCAAACAGACACACUACCCUUACAAUGAGCAUCCCUGCUCUCCCCACCUCCCCAUGUCCUCAUAAGUCCUUUGGGUUCUCUCUCUCUCCCCUCUUCAAAUUUGGUUGUACAUGUAAGAUAUUUAUGUAUGUAUUUAUAUAUAUAAAUAUAUAUAUACUGUAUAUGUAAUAGUAGAACAUGAAAUGUGGUUGCUGCAUUUUAUUUUUGAAGGACUUUUUGUUUACUUUUUUCAAAACUGCAGAAAAAGAUGUUACAUUAAUAUAGAAUGGGAUAACAGUGCGGAGGGCGCAGACUAGAAAGUGUCAGAUUUAACUGGAAGAAACCAGAAAAAGAGAGCAGUGGCACUGAUUGCAUAUGAGGACACUUCAGAUGGGGGUGGGGUUUAUAAAAACUAACUGCAUUUGUCUUUUUUUUUUAUACACGACUUCUUGAAUGGCCAGAUUCAUCUCCUUUGAACCUUUAUCCCCUCCUUGGUUUCUCCUCCCUUUUCUUCUGGACGCUGCUUGCUCUACUUGUGUGGACACCUUCCCUUUUUCACAACAACCCUGCCCAACCAAAUUUUAUAUUUUAAUUUAAUUUUAACCCUUAUUUCUCUCUAAAUAAAGUUCUGAGCAGUUUGA